AUGGAACAAUGCUUAUGGGUUUUAGUAGAGUGGGUGGAUCAUGAUUCACAAGAAACAAAAGAAUUUUCAAGUUAUAGCGUGGUAAAUGUGGCUUGGAUAGAUAGCAAUGAGAUAAGCGAGGGGAAGACUGUUCUAGUUCGAGAUGGUGUUAAGGGAAAGCCGAGGAGAGGACAAGUUCAUAAGAUUUCAGAAGUGAAAAGCUAUUUAGUAGAAUUGUUGGGUGUUUUUUUGGGACGAGAUAAAAAGUUACAACAUCUGGUACCACUAGUUACGGACACGAACGAAAUAGAAAAACCAGCUGAAAUGAUCCUACCUCUAAUCAGUGAAAGUGACUUCAUACGAGAAGAUUUAAUGGAAAACAGUGACAGAGAGAACUCAUCCAUAGAGUAUGUCUUCGAUAGCAGUGAUUCCAAUGCUGAGCAAUCAACGCAAAACGACCAAAGUGGUAAUGCCUUGCAAGAAACAAAUGACAAUUAUUCUAAUACCACUCCAACCAAUCCAGAGGCAACGCCUCGAACUGAGCAAAGUCACCAAACAUCACAAGAAGGAAAUAGAACCGAUAACACAGAAACUAAUGUAGAGGCUUCAUCCCCAAACGUUCAAAGUGGCCAAAUAUCACAAGAAAGAAAUACAAAUGACAAUAGUAACAUUGAAACGAAUAUAGAGGCGUUACCAAACAAUCAAAAUGGCCAAGAGUCACAAGAAAGAACAAGAGUCGCCAAUAACACUCCAGCUAAUAUAGAGGUUGCCUCACAAAGCCACGAAAAUCGUAAUCUAUCGCAGGAAAGAAUCGACGAAUUGACGAUUUCGAAUAGUAAUACUGAAAGAAUUCAACCGAUACCUAUCGGAAGAGGUAACGUAAUGAUACCAGCUCCACUCUUAAAUGAAAUUGAUUGGACGUCGUACUCAAAUGCCACUCGGAUGUUAUUACAAGCUGUAUUUCCAAGAGUACUACUUAAUAACACAAUAGCGAUGGCCGAUAGGUCUGCAACAAAGUGCUUCGAUCCCGUCAUUGUGAACGACAUAGCAAACAUGGUAUCUGAAAGAUGCGGAGUGCCAAAGAGAGUAGUAAGGAGAUAUAUAACAACCAAUUGUGUUGACGAAAUUAAACUCUAUCGCAAUCGUCAAAUUUUUAAAAGGCUACGUCAACAGAACCAUGAAAUCGAGCCGCCGUCUCCCGUCUCAUCAAAUGAAGAUUCUAACACUAGUGAAUAA